GAUCCGACACAGGGAGCGUUGGGAAACCUGAUUACUGAGAAAAUCAACUUUCCAUUCCGAUCUAAACAGUUUGAGACAGUUAUGGAUACCCUGCUCAAGUUUCUGGUGUUGGUAAAGAUGGUUUACAUUGUGGCAACCUUUGUUCAGCCUGGCAUUACAGCAGGAGUAAUAGAAACUUCAAACAACACAACUGAAAACAGAAAUGAAAAAGUAUUGUCUCUCUUCAGUGUUGUCAACUUCCCUAACUUAGAGUGCAAUAGUUUAAGCUCAAGCUUUGCAAGAGGAACAUGCUUGGCUUCAAGUGAAUGUCAGAGCAAAGGAGGGACUACAAGUGGAACAUGUGCAGCAGGGUUUGGUGUCUGCUGUUUGUUUACAACAUCUGCCUGUAGCAGCACUGUUAGUAAUAAUGUUUCCUAUAUAACUAAUCCAGGAUUCCCUUCUACCUAUAAUACAGCAGGAACCUGCACUUAUACAGUAAACAAAAUAUCUUCUGACAUCUGCCAGCUGCGUCUAGACUUCAUUACACUUGUUCAAAGUGUUUCUACUAAUCCACAGGGAUGUUGUGGAGCUGCUCCUACAUGUACUAUAGCAUCAGACUCAUUAACAGUAUUAGGAAAGACUGGAAAGAAUCCCCCGGUCAUCUGUGGAACCAACACUGGAGAACAUAUGUAUGUUGAGACAGGAGCUACUGAUGGUGAUACAGUCAGCCUGGCUUUCUUAGUUACCGGAACUUCCAAUGACCAAUGGAAUGUCAAAGUAUCACAGAUACCUUGUUCAGCUAGUUACAGAGCUCCCUCCAACUGUGUGAAGUACUUCACAGGCUCUUCAGGGACAGUAACAAGUUAUGGGUUUCCAGGGGAUACCCAACUUACAAGUCAAAACUAUGAAUCCUGUAUUAGACAAGAAAAAGGUUACUGUGGAAUUCAAUGGGAUGAAAGUACUUUGACAGCUCCAAAAGAUGCUUUUGAUCUGACUAAUGCAGCAGUAGCAGGUCAAGCAAAUACUGGAGAUACACCUGCUGGUUGCAUAGCAUCCUACAUACAAAUUCCGAAUGGUGUAGUUGCUGCUACAACUGGGCCACGAAGGUUUUUCUGUGGAGAAACUUUAGGAGUUGAUACUGCCACUACAACCAGCCCUGUCACAACUUACACAGUUCCGUUCUCCCUCACUCAUUUUACUUCGAUUGCAACCCAGACUGCUACGGGCCCUACAGUUGCUAACGGAUUCUCACUGGAUUAUACACAACUUCCAUGCUAGUUCCUGUGUAUAUACAAUUCUUAUGCAGUCAUACAGUGUACGCAAAAAUUAUCAAAUUGAAUUCGAUAUCGAUCGCUUCGCUGGUAACUUUACAUCUAUCUGUUGCGAUUAUAAGGAGAAGGGUUAAAAAUAUGUCUUGCACCCAAAAGCGGAGUUGCGAUAUUUCACUUGGAUUGUAAAUAAUUAAAUUUAAAACUAAUCAUUCAUAAAAGUUGUAAUAUCUACAUAGAGAA